AUGUAUACUGUCCAUCGACCAAAACUCAUUUGUGGCCAAGGCAAAUUACGACGAUUUAUUGAAAAGAGGCUCAAAACUGACUAUUAUUAUCCUACUUGUUGGGCUCCUGGUGGACAUCUUCAGACGAUACUUCGAGCUGUUUUUCAAAUUUUACCACCAAUUCAUUAUACAAGAGAAAUACUUCCGACACCGGAUGGAGGUGAAAUAGCUUUAGAUUGGAUAGACGACGAUAGAGAUACUUAUCGAGGCUUAGUCGUGAUACUACCAGGAUUAACAGGAGGUAGUCAAAGUAGUUAUUCUCAAUAUUUAGGUUACCAGGCCAAACUCUUCGGUUGCAGGGCAGUCAUCUAUAACAAUCGAGGAUGCGGAAAUUCAUUAUUGAAGACACCCAAAUUCGCCUGUGCAGCGCACACGGAUGAUUUGCACAUUGUCCUUCAAUUUAUGAAAAAGAAAUAUCCUGAUUUGCCGUUCAUAGUUGCCGGCGUUUCUCUUGGAGGGAUCAUACUUUCAAACUACUUGGCAAAUGAAGAUAUUAAAGAAAAAUAUGUAGACAUUGGUUUUGCUGCAUCGAUCGCGUGGGACUUUCAUAAAUCGCAAGCGUCAUUAGAGACACCGUUUAAUCGUAUAACCUAUAAUCGGUAUUUAGGGAAAAAUUUGGUUAAAUUAGCUGAAAACAAUUAUGAAAUGUUUCAUAAAAAUCGUGAUCAGCUACCAUUUAAUCUUGACGAUGUGCCGAAUUGCACCACCAUUGCAGAAUUUGAUGCGUGCGUUACCGUACCACUGUUUGGAUACAAACAUAUAUCAGACUACUACAGUGAUGCGUCGUUUGCAUUCAAAACGCACAGAGUUAAAACACCGAUUGUAUUUAUAAAUGCUCCUAAUGAUCCGUUUUCACCGGAAAAUGCAAUCCCAGUAGACGAUAUUGCAAAAAAUUCCAAUUUAGCCUUAAUUUUAACAAAGACUGGAGGUCAUAUAGGAUUCAUGGAAGGACUUUUUCCUGUCGGAUCAACAUAUAUGGAUAGGUUAUUUGGCCAAUUUUUAGAAGCGUACCUGGAUCAUUCAAGCGAUUUAAAAGAUUAA